UUGAGUCAACCAGAGCUGAAACAUGAUUCAGCUCUGGUUGGCUCACGUCCUCCUCCCAGCUCUCCCAUUGGCCGGCAGAGUUCUUUACAUAGCAGACCUGUGUGUGUGUGUGUGUGUGUGUGUGUGUUGCUCUCAUCUAACAGGGACGACUUACAGUGCAACAUGUCGAUACCAGAUCUGAUCAAGAAGAAGAGAGACGGAGCGGCGCUGAGCGCCGAAGAGAUCGGAACCUUCAUCGAAGCCGUUAAAAACAAAACCAUCCAGGAUUGUCAGACAGGCGCGAUGCUGAUGGCGAUCUGGCAGAAGGGGAUGGUCGCCAUGGAGACCGAGACCCUGACCAGGGCGAUGAUGCUGUCGGGGGAAGUGAUGUCGUGGCCGAAGGAGUGGGCGGGGCUAGUGGUUGACAAACACUCGACAGGGGGAGUGGGAGAUAAAGUUAGCCUGGUGUUAGCGCCUGCGCUAGCCGCCUGCGGCUGCAAGGUACCUAUGAUCAGUGGGCGGGGCUUGGCCCACACGGGAGGAACUCUGGACAAACUGGAGUCGAUACCGGGAUUCAACAUCUACCAAUCAUUAGAACAGAUUGAGAAGAUCCUGGACUCAGUGGGCUGUUGCAUUGUGGGUCAGACGGAGACGCUGGUCCCAGCAGAUCGGAUUCUGUACACCCUGCGGGACGUCACCAGCACCGUGGACAGUUUACCGCUCAUCACUGGUUCUAUUAUUUCAAAGAAAGGUGCCGAGUCUCUGACGGCUCUGGUUCUGGACGUGAAGUUCGGACGAGCGGCGCUGUACAAAGAUCUGGAAAGUGCUAAAAGAAUUGCACAGUCAUUGGUGAACGCUGGAAACGGUCUGGGCAUGCGUACGGGCGCGGUGCUGAGUCGUAUGGACACCGUGAUUGGUCGAUGUGUGGGCAACAGUCUGGAGGUGAUGGAGUCUCUGGAAGCGCUGAAGGGAAAUGGACCCGACGACCUGAUGGACCUGGUGACGACGCUCGGCGGGCUGCUGCUGUGGAUGACCGGUCUGACCUCUGACCUGGCCGGCGGCAGGAAGCGGGUGGUCGACGUCGUGUCCAGCGGCGCCGCUCUGCUGAAGUUCCGGGACAUGAUGGAGAAUCAGGGCGUGGCCACAGACAAGGCUCGCUCGCUCUGCUCCGCCAACUCGGAUUAUUUCAGCGUCCUGAGAAAAGCGGAGCAUCAGACAGAGCUGACGACUCCUGCAGCAGGAUGGGUGGUCGACCUCGACGGUUUGGUUUUAGCUGAAGUUCUUCACAAGCUGGGGUCGGGACGAUCGAGGGCCGGAGAGCCUGUCAAUCACAGCGUGGGUGCAGAGCUACUGGUGUCGCUUGGUCAGAGGGUCGAUAAAGGCGUCCCGUGGCUGCGUCUCCACUACGAGGAUCCGGCUCCGACUCCAGACCAGAUGAGUCGACUGCAGAACGCUCUGACUUUGGAGACGCACACAGACACACACACACAACACACACACUCUCUGGUGCAAGAAAUGCUGCUGCCGGACUAACUCACACUCACACACAUUAACAAAACCUAGGCCCUGACAGGGAGCUUUCAGAGAUCAAAGAUUACUUAUUAAAUGUAAUCAUUUUAUAUCUUUUUAUUAUUACCAUUUCAUAUUUUAUCAUUAUAUUCAUUUUUAUAACCAGCUUCAUCAUGUAUUCAAUGUUUAAAGACAGAGAGUACUAGACAGUAUUAAAGGUUGAAGGUUUAAGUUCAACCAGUAGCUCCGAAGCUUGACAGAAAUUGGCGAUGGGGUGGAUCUUGCACUUUCGAACCCCUUUCCGAGCCAACUCUGUCUGCUGCUCCUCGUGGAGUGAUGUUCUGUGGCGUAUUGAGCGAUCGGUGGCCAACAGGGUGGUUUCAUAUGAGACUGUUGGAGAACGGCUUGCCGGCGAACAGGUGGUGCAUGUGUUUGCUGGCAGUGGUCCUCGGAAAUAAUCUAAAGAAACCUUGAAGCUUUAGAAAAUAUAAAAGAGGCAUAAAUUAAUUUGAACAAAAAUUUAGAAAACUAAAUUCAUAAGUUUCACAGAAAACAUGGUUUUCCAAUAAUUAGAGUUUUGUGUCUAAGUCACAAAUGUGUAAAACAUUUGGGAGAUGACAUGCUUUUCCUUUUUAUUUUAUGUUUUCCUUUAAUUUGUUCAUUGAAUUAAGGGUUUCAUUUUUAAUUUUGUCUUUAGUUUAUUUAAUUUGUUUCCUAUUUAAUUAAUUUUUUUUAUUUCUUUUGGUUUUGAAUAUGUUGGAUAUUGUAAAACCAUUUUUAGAAAAUAACACGUUUAGACAAAGUUCAGUAUUUUGGAAAAUGUAAUAUAACAAAAUUGUUCUCAUGUUAUAAAUUUUACUGAUAUUGCGACUAAAAAAUAGACAGGUUUCGGUCAGAAUAUGAGAAAUGAAACUUUAUUAAACAAACAACAAUCUUACAAAAAACAACUUCACUUCUUUAUUAAUAAAAAACUGAAAGACGUCA